GCUUACCGGGGUAUGAGCACGGCGUCGGCGCGUCCUUCCCUGAGCAGCCGAGAGAGCACCCCUGGUCCUGCCCGCUGCAUGACGCCCUCGAUGCAGCCGCUGGUCAAGCCCGAGCCGCCCAUGUCUCCGCCGGACGACAUGUCCUUCCAGAGCGGCUUCAGCGAAGGCGACGACGACGGAGACCACCGCUCUCCGGGCUCGUCCCAGGGCCUGCUCAGCCCUUCCUAUAUGGACGCCGACGACUUCGACGACGCCGAGUCGGCCGACUCGUCUUCCACGACCGCGGCCAGCCUGAGCAGCACGACUAGUAAGCGGAAGCGCGUGCCCAAGGCGUCGACGCGGGCUCGAGCCUCCACCAACAAACCCGGGGGCCCCGUCAGGGUGAAGAAGACGCGGCGCCUCAAGGCCAACGACCGCGAGCGGAACCGGAUGCACAACCUGAACGGCGCCCUGGACAGGCUGCGCUGCGUGCUGCCCACCUUUCCGGAUGACACCAAGCUGACCAAGAUCGAGACGCUCCGCUUCGCCCACAACUACAUCUGGGCGCUUUCGGAGACCCUGAGGAUCGUCGAGUCCAAGUCGGAGAAGAUGAAGAAGGACCUCCAAACGGAACAGGACGCCGCCGCGCCUCUGGGUCUCGAGUCCGCGAUCGCCACGGUCACCCCGGUGGCACCCCGAGGGCCCUUCUACGCCACGCCGCCGUCGUCCUUCGGGUCGUCGCCGUCGCCGGCUAAGCUUCAGGGUGGCGUCCCUUCGCCGGGGCCGACCCCGUGGAACUUGUCGUCGUGUCCGAGUUCGGUCGCCGUGUCCACGCCAGCGAGCUCGAUAGACCUGUCGGACUCAUCGUGCUCGGGCUCGGAGUGCGGCUUCACCACCUACGAAACACUAUGAGUGUCGCAUCCGCGGGAGCGCUUUUCACUUCGUGCCACCACGGACUUGGAUCGCCAAGCAGUGCGCCGCCAAAGACAUCUAUCGCGAGAGAAGGACUGCAUCCAUCAACCUCAUUUUAAGAGGUGGAGUGCCCGCAUGCACGGACAUUUGUGGCGGGCUCGAGAGAUUGACAACUCUAGAGCUUGCUUCGGACCCUGUGGCAAUUCCAGUAAUGGCGAUAUUAUUUAAUGACUACUUUAUUAUUCGUGUUCGGAGAAAAGAAAAUAUCCUCCUAACAUUAUGUCAGCUCCCAGUGGGUAAGCCUGGAUUGAAAAGCGACUUGGGCAAGGCUCUUACACCGAAGAGGCGUCCGAUAGCUUGUAAAUUGGGUUUAAGCAGCUUUCACUGUGCUACAAUCGCCACUCAAUAAUUUAAAAAAAAGUAUAGAGAAAUAUAAACGCGGUAAGACAACCCAACUGUAUGAAGUGGAGAAAUACGAUUAUUCGUGCAAUUCAUUAGUGUAAAUAAAGUCGCCGUCAAUCCAAUGCUUCGAAGCCCGUCCAGCGCGAUACAUGUGCCACAAACCAUGACGAGACGCUAGAUAGGUCAGGUCCGGCUGUCCGCCUAAGAUGGCCUCGUUUUGUGUACGAGGCUCGAAGAACGUACUCUUUUCCAUAAUUUAUGACCCCAUUGAUCGAGUAUACUGUGUGCCAGUAGACACGAAUAAAGCCAUUCGUAA